AACAGUGGAGACUCAGCUCAGCCUCAUUUUCCUCAGGAUUUGUUUUCUUGUCAGACUUUGGAUGUCACAUCAUAUCUCCAGACCCAGAACACAUUUCAUUUUGCUACUCUGCGGUUUCAGGAAAUCUUGAGGGACGUUAACUUGUUUUCUUCCCUCAUUUUGUGGAAGACUGGUGAGGGGGAAAAAGCAAAAAAGUUAAGUGUGCGUGCAAGUGUGUGUGUCUUCUUGAAGUGAAUGAAAAGUGUGUUUGCUGUCAGUGAAGGUGGCAGCUUGAAGGCGUGAGUGAAGCAGCAUGUUGCCACCUGUGAAGAAGGACCGGAUCAUUACUCAGCUCCCAAAGUGCUUUAGUCCAAAUGCAGCGCUGCACACCAAAGAUGGCUUCCACCCACAGGUGAAGGCUGUUUGUCAGGUACCAAAGACAGGCACAGUGAGCUUUAAUAUCGCCAAAGUCAUUGUGGUGGGAGAUGUUGCAGUCGGGAAGACGUGUCUGAUCAGCAGGUUCUGUAAGGGUGCGUUUGAUAAGAACUACAAAGCAACCAUAGGGGUGGAUUUUGAGAUGGAGCGUUUUGAGGUGCUCGGUGUGCCCUUCAGUUUACAGCUUUGGGAUACAGCAGGUCAGGAACGGUUCAAGUGCAUCGCCUCCACCUACUACAGAGGAGCACAAGCCAUUAUAGUGGUGUUUGACUUAAGCAGUGUGAGCUCAUUAGCACAUGCCAGGCAGUGGCUAGAAGACGCUAUGAAGGAAAAUGAUCCGUCCAGUGUUUUACUGUUCCUUGUCGGUACCAAGAAGGACCUCAGUUCUCCUGAUCAGUUGGCUCAGAUUGAGCGGGAAGCCAUCAAACUCUCUGAGGAAAUCAAAGCGGAGUACUGGGCUGUGUCCGCUAAGUCAGGAGAUGGUAUCAGGGAUUUCUUCUUCCGUGUGGCCUCUCUGACUUUUGAGGCCAACGUUUUGUCUGAGCUCGAGAAAAGUGGGUCGAGACACGUCGGUGACAUUAUCAGGAUCACAGACAGCACAGAAGCUGACCACAAACCAGCCAAGAGGAAAUCCAACUGCUGCUGAUAAGAGAUGAAGAGAAUGACAAACACCUGGAUACAGUGCACCAACUACACAGCAAAACAAUUCACACUGAACAGGAAGAUUAAACUGAAAUAUGGACUCAGCAUGCUCAGUGUAUCAUGAAUAGUCCCCGUAAGAAAAGCCAUGUCAUGUCAACUAAAUUAUGUUGUAUUUGUGGUGCUCUGCAGAUGGCCUGAUAGGGGAAUGAGUAAAAAAAAUCCAUAUUGUAGGUUUGACAUAAUGAAUUGUAAAUUGAGUCUGUAAACAACAAGAAGUCCAGAGAAUGACAACAGUAGUGUCCUCACAGCAAUGUUUUUUACUGCUGUCCAGAGCUACACAACAAAUAAAGCUUUGUGAUAUGCUUGGUUACGUA